AUGCAACAUGACGGGCAUUGCUCGGGCAGCGACGCCGAGAUCCAGUCGGCCACGGGCCAGGCGCAUAGCCAAAGUAUCAGUGGCAUCAGCAGUUACGACUACAAGUUCUAUCCGUUGAAAAAACCUUACGAUCCAAGCGAAAUAAUAAUCCAAAAAGACGGCAUAACGACCAGAACAUUCUCAGAAGACACCACGUACCUCAUAGUGAAGGUAGAGGGAGUGAGCAUCGAUGACAAGAGGCGCCGGCUCGAGGGUGUCGUCAAAAGAGCGAGGAUGAAGCCGGUCAAACAGACUGUCGACUUGAGGGGUCCCUUCACAUGCACCUUGCCGUCGACGUUGCGGCCUGACAUGCAGUGUCACCGGGUGUUCUUCAACUGCUGUCAAUACUCCCUCCACUACCGAGAAGAGCACACCAAGCGACGAAAGGCCGCGUUACGCUGCCAAAUAUGCGAGAAACGAUUGGACGAAGACUUUUAUCUAGGUUUGAGGGCGCCAACUCGUGCGACGUUUUCAUGUCGUCUAUGCAAUAUGACGUUUCAUGACAGUUUAGAUUAUGAUGAGCACAACAGCUCCGUUCACGCUAAAGUCAAGCCUCACCAAUGUUCGCUCUGCGCGAAGCGCUUCACGCAGCAAGGCGGCCUACAGCAGCACAUGCGAAUGCACAGCGGCAUCCGCCCAUUCACCUGCACCUUCUGCCCGAAAGCUUUCACCCAACGGGCCGGCUUGGAUCAGCAUCUACGCAUCCACACUAAAAUAAAGCCGUUCAAAUGCGUUAUUUGCCACAAGUGCUUCUCCCAAUCCGUACAUCUGCGUCAGCAUAUGCGCACGCAUACUAACAUUCAGCCGUUCGAGUGUUCGGUUUGCGGGCGGCGGUUCAAGCAGACGAGUCACUUGAAUUUCCAUAUGCGUUCGCACGCGAACGAGUGUCAGGCGGGGGUGAUGGAGAAGCUCGAGCAGCUGGCGCUGCACGGGCAGGCGUCGCCGCUGAGCCUGGCGCGGCUGCAGCCGGUGCAGGACGGAGACACGCUGUACUACGCCGCCGAGCUGGCAACGCCGGACUCUCACUACUACUACCAGGUCGCCGACUCCGGAACCUACCUGCAUGCUUGAGGUAGACUUUCUUAAAAUUGCUUAUGUUUUAACUAGGACGUAAUGUCCUUAUUUUAUGU